CGCUGCGCGACCACCCGCCGCUCUCACUGCCGGCGGGACAAUGUAGUUCGCCGCCGCUGCGCGACAGCCUAAUGCUCUUUUUGGCCUAGGGCUCCCCGCCGACGCGUAUCCGACUGCUGCGGACCAAUGUCAUCGAAGAAGGCUGCUGCGACACGAGGGAAAUAUAUAUAUUUCGAAGAGGAAACCGACAUCGACAAUCGCAUUUUAGAGACACUAUUUUUUCACACUUCUUCUAUACGAUGCCUUUCGUAGCUGGAAACAAAUAAUCAAUAAUUUACCAGAGCAAUAAUAAUAACUUUUUACGUGUGUAGUCGAAAGCACUUUUUUCUCUCUCGUAUUCCUUUGACAAUCAUAUUUACACACGAAUAUAUAUAUAUACAUAUAUAUUUAACUCUGGAACACUUUUUAGAAUCGCCACUGAAUUAUUUUGCUGCAAACGUUUUUUCCUGUUCCGACACGGAUGACCAAUGUUUGAGUUAACUGACGUAGGAAUAUUCUAAACGAACACGGAGAGCCGCAUUUUUUCUCAGCUCCUGCAAUACAGAAAAGAAAGCAAUACAAUUUCUACUCUUCGUUACUAUUUAGGAACUCUUUCACGGUGCUACUACUUUUGAGACGGGACAGAGAAGAGGACUGUUUGCGGAAGGACGAACGAAUAAUAGUUGUCCGCAGUUCUGUCGGCCACAAAUUGCACAAAAGGAGGCGGGUUUUUUGUACUGGACGAGCAACGAACGUAUACGGUGUGUGGUCUACACGGAUUCGUCCAAUUUGCUGUGAACGUGAGGCGUAGAGAGGAGAGAGGGACAAAGUGCUGUCGGGAGAAGUGGAGGAAGGUGUUCCGGCAGACUUCGGUGGCCCAUGUUGUGUGUCGUUAUGGCCAGCAUGAACCGCACCGAGCAGGAGUUGUUGUACCGGCGAUCGCGCGAGGUGGUCGUGCCGUGCCAGAAGCACGAGGACGUGGUGCUCAGCGUGCUCAAGUCGCCGCUGAUCGCGUCCAAUCACCGGCCGGCGCCCGCGCCUCCGCCCCCGACGGCGACCACCACGCUCUUCCCGCCGGACGCCGGGGGCGGCGGGGGCGGCAGCAGCGGCGCGCAGUCGGGGGCUUCCGGGGCAGAGGACUGCGACGACGAGGAGCACGCGCGCCUCCGGCCGCCCACCAGCGGCGAAGAGACGGACGCGGAGGCGGCGCCGGGGGCGGCGGCCGCGGGGACGUCCGGCUACGACGACGAGCGGGGCCGCUUCGCCUUCUUCGAGCAGCAGCUGCGCCGCUUCCGGUCGCCGCGCUUCGGCGAGGCGCACCACAAGCGCGUGCCGACGCCCAUCAAGCGGAGGCGGCGCAGCGCCGGCCGCGACGGCGGCGCCGGGGGCGGAGGGGCUGCGUGCGGGGGCGGAGGCGGUGCGGGCGCCGGCGGCGGCGGCGAGAGGCGGCACCGGCCCAAGCCGCGGCCGCCGCCGCCCCUCGACGUCGACGACGACGUGCUCGGCGACGACGAAGACCUGGAGGAGGUGGCCGGCGACGGCGUCGUCGCGCAAGAGGGCGGCGGGCGCGGCGGGCCGCCCGGCGUGCCGGACCCCUACUACCCCAUCUACCUGCCCAUAGACCAGGCCUUCAAGGCCAAGUACGUGUUCCACCACAAGAAGGGCAAGACCUUCCAGGAGCGCGUCUACGUUUUCCUCGAGCACCCCGGCGGCUGGCUGUGCUUCGUUUACCACUUCACUGUGUGAGUAAGCCUCCUCACUGAAGGAUGCCCGCUCUCAUCCAUUUUUGCAAAUUAUCAUUGCUUUCAGUUGACAACUCAUGCCUUAGGAUGUCAAUGUUAGCUUCUGCAACUGAAAAUAAAAUUUAAUUCUUUCUCAUUUCAAAUAGGAAGGGGUACAGAAAUCAGUCGAAAAUUUUGUUUAUUGCGUAUCUUCGGUCACUGUGUGGCCACCGUCAGUGCUAAAAAUAUGUGAAUAACCAUUUACAAUAACGUAACAUACGUGGCUUAUUAAAUAGCAGUUACAUGAACUUUAGAUGCAAAUUAAAUAAAAUACGUGCCAGUACCUGAGUUAAAGCCGGCCGGGGUGGCCGAGCCGUUCUAGGCGCUACAGUCUGGAACCGUGCCGCUGCUACGGUCACAGGUUCGAAUCCUGCCUCGGGCAUUGAUGUGUGUGAUUUCCUUAGGCUACUUAGGUUUAAGUACUUCUAAG